UGGUGCCUGGCGGUGUCUGGCAUGUGUUGCCCGCGUGGCUGCCUGCUCCUGUCUGUGUGUACGUGUGUCUGUGUGUAAGUCGGCGUCUGCGCUAGAAGGCGAAGGCUGUGCUCGGUGGAGUGUCGUGAACGUGUGUGUGACUUGACGUUCGGGGACUCGUACAUACCACCUUUCUUUACCACCUCCUGUACGCCGUGUCCGCUUCUGCCGCAACCAUGGACCCAGCCUUCGAGGGAGCCGGCUCAGAGGAGGGCCUGCAGAUCUGGAGAAUCGAGAACUUCGAGGUUGUGCCGUACCCGAAGGAGAAGUACGGCCAGUUCUACAGCGGCGACUCCUACAUCGUCCUCUACACCAAUGACAUCAACGGAAACAAGAGCUGGGACCUCCACUUCUGGCUGGGCGCCGAGACCUCACAGGAUGAGGCUGGCGCUGCUGCCAUCAAGACGGUGGAGCUGGACGAUACGCUGGGCGGCGUGCCCGUCCAGCACCGCGAAGUCCAGGACCACGAGUCGUCUCUCUUCCUCUCCAGGUUCAAGAAGGGCGUGAGGUAUCUGAAGGGCGGCGUGGCCUCGGGCUUCCGCCACGUGGAUCCCGACGCGCCCUACCCUGCCAGGCUAUUCCACGUCAAGGGCCGAAGGAACGUGCGCGUCAAGGAGGUGGAGGCUACCGUGGCCUCCAUGAACAAGGGUGACUGCUUCAUCUUGGACUGCGGCGGCCAGGUGUUCGUGUACAUGGGCCCCGCCAGCCGCAGGAUCGAGCGUCUCAAGGCCAUCACCGCCGCCAACGCCAUCAGAGACGACGACCACGCGGGCAAGGCCAAGGUGUUGGUCAUUGAUGAGUCUGCCACUGAGAGUGAGGUGGGCGACUUCUUCACUGGUCUGGGCGAGGGAUCACCAGAUGACGUCGCCGAUGAAGCCGCAGGUGCUGACGAUGCAGUCUUUGAGCGCUCUGAGGCGAGUGCUGCGACUCUGUAUCAUGUGUUUGAGGACAGCAGCGGAGCAAUGCAGAACAAGAAGAUUGGAGAAAAACCACUCCUGCAGUCCAUGCUAAACUCUGGGGAGAAUGCUCAGGACUGCUUCCUGCUGGACACUGGCUCGGGGGUCUACGUGUGGAUCGGCAGUGGCUCCAGCAAGCAGGAGAAGGUCAAGAGCAUGGAGAUGGCUGCUGCAUACAUGGAGCAACAAGGCUACCCCAAGUGGAAGAGUGUGCAGCGUGUGGUGGAGAAGGCCGAGCCUGCAGUGUUCAAGUCAUACUUUAAGACAUGGAAGGAGCCCACAGAACAAACAGGGUUGGGCAGAAUUUUCAAUGAGAGGCAAAUUGCUGCAAUGACAGCAGUUGAUGCAGACUUUGACCCGAGCACCCUCCAUGCUGAGAAGCGUCGCCUCCUGCAGAAGAAUGCUGGACCUGCCAUUGGCUUCAUGCCUGAUGAUGGCUCAGGCCAGAUUGAGACUUGGCGAAUUGAGAACUUUGAGUUGGAGCCUGUGGACGAGGGCACGCGGGGCUUCUUCUUUGGUGGUGAUUCUUACGUCAUGAAGUACACCUAUGAGAUCAAUGGCAACGAGCGCUACAUCCUCUACUUCUGGCAGGGAGUUGCCAGCAGCCAGGAUGAGCGAGCUGCUUCUGCCAUCCAUACUGUUCGCCUCGACAAUGAGCUUAACGGCAAGGCUGUGCAAGUGAGAGUGGUGCAAGGCUCUGAACCCGCCCACUUCCUGAGGAUCUUUAAGGGCCAGAUGGUGGUGUUCCUGGGUGGCAAGGCGUCCGGCUUCAAGAACGUGCAUGACCAUGACACCUACGACGUGGAUGGCACCCGUCUCUUCAGGGUGCGAGGGACUUGUGAGCUGGACACCCGGGCCCAGCAGGUGGCGGAGGAGGCAGGGUCACUCAACUCCGAUGAUGUGUUUGUCCUCGAGACCCCAGCUAAGACUUACCUUUGGAUUGGCAAGGGCGCCAGUGAGGAGGAGAAGGCCAUGGGGGAGAAGGUUGCAGCGAUGGUGUCCCCUGACAGGGAGCUGCAGACGCUGGCUGAGGGCGAGGAAGAGGAUGACUUCUGGACGAGUCUGGGAGGCAAGGGAGAGUACCAGACCAGCAGGGACGUGGACAGGCCACUGCUGUACCCACGCCUCUUCCACUGCACCAUCUCUCCAGCUGGCUGCCUCCGGGUUAAUGAAGUGUCUCACUUCUCCCAAGAGGACCUGAAUGAGGAUGAUGUGAUGGUGCUGGACUCCGGUGACGAGGUCUAUGUCUGGGUUGGCCGAGGCUCGGAUGACCAGGAGAAAGAAAAGGCUUUUGCUAUGGCGGAGAACUACAUCAAGACUGACCCAACGGAGCGUUCGCUGGACACAACAGUGAUCGUGCGCGUCAACCAGGGAGAGGAGCCUGCCUCCUUCACCUCCAUCUUCCCUGCCUGGAACCCGGACCUCUGGGAGCUGUGCCCCAGCCCUGAUGCGAUGCCACAAAUGAUUGAAAACAAUAUAGUCCAUAAUAUUAAAGAAGAAAGCGAAAAUAUUACCAAAGAUCAACAGUUGAAGGUUGAGGAAGCGCCAGCACAGAAAGAGCACCCUGCUGCUAGUUGUUGCUGUUGUCAAUGAGAGUAAAGAGCUGCCAAGCUAUGAGGAUGUGAAGACCCGCCUGGCAGAGAGCAACGCUGCACUGGGCUAGACCACCAUCCCUACUGCUGCCCUCACCUGUGGAGAGAAGAACCGUCACAAUUAUCUAGACAAAUAAUCCAGUGGUGCUUUCUGCUUAUUGGUGGUGUGGUUAUUUUUGUAGGCGUGUGUUGGGCAAGUGCUCACGGCCAGUGCCUUCCUAACUCAACUAUUUGGUGUAGAUGCUGUUUGCCUUUGUAGUCUUGCCAGCUCAUCUGAUUGAAGGCCUUCGGAAGUCCCGAGCACAAACAUUCCCAAAUUGUCACAGUAUUGAUGUCCACAGAACUGGGAAACAUUUUAUAACAGGAACCAUCUGUUCUAGUUUGUAAUGUGAAAUUUUUUUACCAGAAAUGAGAUAGUAUUAUUAAUAUUAUUCCUGAUAUUCAAUAUAUCUGAAUCACAUAAUUUAUAUAGAUGAAUCAAUUGUAAUUUAAUAUAUCCUAUUAUAGAUAAAACCCUUUAUAUACUAUAAAUAAUAGAAAAAUCACAGGGAAGUGAGCUUAUUUUAUAAAAUAGUAGUUUAUAGCUUAAAUUUUUAGUGCUUCAGAGCCUCAAGCAUUUACUGAUUAUAGGUUCUGAACAGCCAGAUCAAGAGUAAUGUCUGAGGGGGUGAGAGGUCAGAGUGCUCUUAAAACAGUGCUACAAUAGAUCUAGCUUAAAUGGUGAAGCUUUGAGGAAUCUUCCACUUCAUUCUCUUCUUACUCAUCUCAAAAUUAAUUAAGCUGAGUGUUUGAUUGAAACUCCACUAGAUCUAGCGUGCUGCAGAAUGUUUAGUUUUGUGCUUCAGUGAUUGCCCGGAAUGGAUGGAACAGAUACACUACCAGUUUUCCGUUGUACCGGAGCAUGAAAAUCCAAGAGGCAGAGUGUGUGCUGACUGAGGCUAGUGGUAGUGCUGCACACUGAAGAUAAAAAAUGUUUGGUUCACUUAAGCUUCACACAUUGGUACUUAAUUCUUUCUAUCUAGUCACUUUGUAGAAAUUUUGGUGACUUCUUGAUUUGCACAAAUAAAAAUUAAUAAAAUGUCA